AUGAGUGCCGAUCUCUUGGACCUCGACAGCUUCUAUCAGAGCCCUCCGUCACAACAAAAUCAACCGGGGGGCCAACAGUCACAACCGCAACGCCCGCAGCAGGUUACGGCAACGUCGACGGACCUCUUUGACUUUGCCUCCUUUACCAGCAACAGCGUCAGCAGCAAGCCCGCGGCGGCUCCGGCUCCGGCUCAGCAAACCGUACCAUGGCCUAGUUUUGAGCCGCAGCAACCAAGUGGUGCUGGCGGCGGCGGCAGCAGCGGUGGAUGGGGUGAUUUCGGCGCAUUUUCAUCAGGUUUCACCUCCUCGUCAACAUCGAACCAGCAGCCGAAGCAGACUCUGCUGAACGCCGAGGAUGAUGAUGGAUGGGGUGACUUUGAGGUUGCGGAACCUACGCCCACCCAGCGCUCGUUCGUGAUGCCCCCGCAGACGAACAAGGCGAGGUCAUCACCGCCGCCUAGGAACCGCAUCGCGCGCGCCUCAACCUUUGAUCUCAUGACCAACAACCUCGUCAACAUCGUCGACAUGCCUUAUGGCUCGGGCCUGUCGCCCAUACCCAGUCCCGGCCUCCCGUCGCCGAACCACCAACCUGUGGUCAGCUCAGGAUCUUCAUGGCAGCAGACAAACCGACAGCCUAGCCCCGUACUAUCGUGGCAGACUGCGAGCACGAAACCGGCAGUCAGUCCAGGAUUCUCAUCCGAGACAUCUUCGGCGAAACCGCAGCCGAGCCCUGGAUUCUCUCAUCAUAUGUACGGGGCUCAGAAGAAGCCGAGUCCGAAGCCCGCGAAACAGUCGGAUCCUAAUGUUCUCUUUGAUGCGGAAGAAUUCGAGCUCCAGGGUGACAAUGAUGACGACGAUGAUGAUGAUGAAUUUGGAGACUUUGAGACUGUUCAGACUCCCUUUCCCGGCGCGGACAUGAGCCCUACUCUAGACUCAAGGCCGCCGACCCAACGACAGCCACCGCCGCAGCCCGCACAGCAGCAGCCGCCUUCCAUGGACCUCCUCUCUCUCGACGACGACCCCAUCCCGGUCUCGCAGCCUCCGCCAAAGAGGCCUCAGAUCUCUUCCUUAAACCUCAACGCGCCCACCUCACAUUACCCACAGGCCCCCAAGUCGCCCUCCUUCCAGGAACGUAACCCCUUUCCAGGACUCGGCCUCACCACGCCGACCUAUGGCGACUUCAAGAAGGAGGAAAAGAAGGACGAGAAGCCCGAGUCGCCUACGCCCGUCACGGCGUGGCCGGCCUUCGGGCAGACCUCGCCCACGAAGCCGUCCGCCGCCAAGAAGCCUUCCGCUACCACUAAUCUUCAAAAGACGCAGGAGGAGGACGAGUGGCCUGACUUUGAGGACUUCCCCGACGAUGAGCCCUCGGCGAUUGAUUCUUCCAGGCCCCCAGAGAGUUGGGACUGGGAUGCAGUCGAUGGCGUGAAGUCGUCCGCCCCAGCUCCGGCUCCUAAACCCACCACCGGCACCACCAAGAAAGCAGCACCUAGACCUAAGAAAGAAACAUCAUCAGCUUCCUCAAAUAUCCCCGACGACGCCCCGCCGCCCAUCAACAUUCCCCCUCCCUCCAUCAUCCUCUCCAUCUUCCCCCAGCUCCUCGAUCUCGCAAACUCGUCCCUCUUCAAACCCACAUCCCAGCUAGCCGCGCCCAUCCGGAAACGCAUCCUCGAAGACCCGAGCACAGUAGUCUUCCUCCGCGGCUACCUCCUGCUCGCCACCGUCGCCGCCCGCGUCAUCGCAGGCCGCAAACUCCGCUGGCACCGCGACAAGUUCUUGUCCCAGGGCAUGGCCAUCUCCGCGGCCGGCGCAAAGGGCAUGAAGCUCGCGGGCGUGGAUAAAGCGCAGUCGGCGCGCGAGGACCGCGAGGCGGCGGACGUGGUGGGCGUGUGGAGGGAGCACGUCGGCAGGCUACGGUCCGCCGUCGCGGCGGCCAACUCCACCCCCGGCGCCAAGAACGACCAGCUCCGCGUGCCCGAGCUCAACGAGACGAUCCCCGUCUCGACGGCCAAGGUGGUGCCCACGGCGCCCAAGCCGUGCGUCAUCUGCGGUCUGAAGCGCGACGAGCGGGUGAGCAAGGUGGACUUUGAGGUCGAGGACAGCUUUGGGGAGUGGUGGGUUGAGCAUUGGGGUCACAGGGCCUGUAAGAACUUUUGGGUUGAGCACGAGAAGCAGUUGCGGCAGAGGUGA